AUGAAAAAUGGCGCGGGUCUUCUGAAGCUGAAUCUGAUUCCAUCCGAAGCCGCUCCAAGGAAAGAAAGCGCGAAAAGAAAGCAAAGAAAAAGUCGAAAAAGGCAUCGAAAGAUCGGAAGAAGAAAUCUAAGAAAAGCCAUCACAGAUCUAGCUCGCGAUCCAAAAGCCGCGAGAAAAAGUCCAAGAAGCGAAAAGAUUCCAGAGCAGGGCUGGAUAUUUUGA